AUGUUGCUAACUAUUGCAUCAGGAGCAGACUUUGAGAACCCUCUGGAGAUCUGCACAGCGUUGAGCCCAGGGUUGAAGGGGGAGGAGGUGAGUGUCCAAUGGCGAGACAGAGGAGGCGCUGUACAGUGCGCGGCAGCUGUUGGAAAACAGCGCAUAAACAUCCACUUCUGCCGCAUCAGCAAGAAAUCAACGAAGAACCAUCCACGAACAGUAAAAAGUUUCCUGCCAACAGAAAACAUGGGAAGAAAGAAAAUAACAAUAUCUCGCAUCUUGGACCAAAGGAAUCGACAGGUGACUUUUACCAAGCGUAAGUUCGGUCUGAUGAAGAAGGCCUACGAGCUGAGCGUUCUCUGUGACUGUGAGAUCGCCCUCAUCAUCUUCAACAGCACCAACCGCCUCUUCCAGUACGCCAGCACCGACAUGGACAAAGUGCUACUCAAGUACACGGAGUACAGCGAGCCGCACGAGAGCCGCACCAACACUGACAUACUGGAGACCCUCCGUAGGAAAGGUCUGGGUCUGGACGGCUCAGAGAUGGACGGUGAGGAGAGCAUGCAGGUCGUGUCUGAUCGGCUGAGUGAAGGAGUGGACCUGUCCGUGGCACGGCAGCGCUUCUAUUCUCCCUCAUUGCUCGCUCCGGAGGCCCAGUUCCUAGUCUCGUCCAGCUGGGAGAGCGGGCACCUCAACACCCCCAACCCGGGCACCCACAGGCACUCUGGGUUCAAGGCCCUGAGCGCUAAACCCGGACCAGCUAGUCCUGCUGCUGCCCACCCCCACAGUGCCUUCAUGUCUCCACACACAGGUAUUGGCUACUCCGUGUUUGCACAUGGCAACCUGAACCGGGCCUUGGACAUGAAGACGCCCCCUCCCUCUCCGUGUCCUGAGGGGCAGAGGGACCUCCCAGUUACCCCCCAAGCCAUCGGACCUCGCAUCAACCACCUCUCCAAUAGGGGGCACUUGUACCAGGGUUUGCACUCAGCUGGAUCCAUUGUGACCAUGGGCAAAACAGGACUUUUGAGCCACAGCCUGGGAGGGUAUGGCAUGCCAUCUCCUGCAGCUCCUGAAUAUAGUCAGUCUGGAUUUUAUCACAGUCUUCAGCGAGCGGCAGUGAACCAAUGGCCGACAGCACAGCCUCUGCAGGACCCCCACGGGAACCCUCUAAGUCCAGGAAUGUCCAGCGGAGGGUGCUCUUUCCAGCCUCAGCCCUGCUCCUCCACCUCUCCACACCUCUCCUCUUUGAACCUCAGCAUCAAAUCAGAACGCACCUCCCCCGAGCUCAUGUCCUCCCCUCCUCUGCUCCAGCUUAACGCCCGCUCUCCAAUCAGCCCCUCGCACACGCAGCCGGCCAAUCAGAUGAAGCUCUGCCACAGCGAGGAGGAGAUGCUGAGGCCAGUGGAGCUCCGGGACACUUGGCAGAGAUAG